UGUCUCUUUAAAAACUCAGUUCACGGAAGUACAGUCAGUGGAAGGCGUGGCUGGUUUAGAAAUAUUCUGUCCGUACCGAUUUGAAAAACAAUUGCAAGCUGUGCUUUCUGCUGUACAUUUCAACCACUAUUAAACCAAACUACAGCUGCUGAUCAUGGAGAGUUUGGCCAGUGCAAACACCAGCUUCGCCCUGGACCUCUUUAAGAAGCUCAGUAAUGACAGAAAAGCAGAGAACAUCUUCUACUCCCCCCUGAGCAUCUCCUCCGCUCUGGCCAUGGUGUAUCUGGGGGCUCGGGGGAACACAGCCUCUGAGAUGGCACAGUCCAUCUGCUUUAACAAAUCUAAGGAUGAUGUGCACUCUGGAUUCAGCACGCUGAUCUCUGACAUCAACAAACAGGGCGCUCCCUAUAAAUUGUGUUUGGCUAAUCGUCUGUAUGGAGAGAAAUCAUUUGACUUUGUCAAGGAAUUCAUUCAGGACACCAAGAAGUUCUACCAGGCUGAGCUGGAAGCUGUUGAUUUUGUAACUGCAUCAGAAGCAGCCAGACAGAACAUCAAUUCCUGGGUGCAGAGCCAGACACAGGACAAAAUCCAGAACUUGUUGGCUGAAGGGACUGUUGAUACUCUGACCAGACUUGUCCUGGUGAAUGCCAUCUAUUUCAAAGGAAACUGGGCGAAGAAGUUCAGCGAGAGUGAAACAAGAGAAAGGGCUUUCCGACUGAGCAAGAAUGGAACAAAGCCUGUGCAGAUGAUGCAACAGAAAGCCAAGUUUAACCUCACAUUCAUUCCUGAAGUGAACAGUCAGAUUAUAGAGCUCCCAUAUGUUGGCAAUGAGCUGAGCAUGCUCAUCAUCUUACCUAUGGGCAUUGAAGACGAUUCCACUGGACUGGAGAAGCUUGAAAGGGAGCUCACCUUUGAAAAUCUCAUGGAGUGGACUAAGCCAGAAAUGAUGGGCAACACUGAGGUGACCGUGACCCUGCCAAAAUUCAAGCUGGAGGAGACCUAUGAUCUCAAGUCAGUUCUGACCAGCUUGGGCAUGGUAGAUGCCUUUGAUGUCAACAAGUGUGAUUUCUCUGGCAUGUCGUCCGAUAAUGAGCUGGUGCUGUCGAAGGUGGUGCACAAGUCCUUUGUGGAGGUGAAUGAGGAGGGCACAGAGGCAGCAGCCGCCACCGCAGCCAUCAUGAUGCUGCGCUGUGCGAGGAUCCCUGUACACUUCAAUGCUGACCACCCAUUCCUGUUCUUCAUUAGGCACAACAAAACCUGCAACAUCCUCUUCUAUGGCAGGUUCAGCUCUCCUUAAGUCUGCACUUCUGUAGAGUUGGUCAGCCUUGUAUACAAGUGCUCUGAUUUUUGCCUUCCACCCUUAUAUCUUAUCACACAAUACAGUGCUCCCUCGCGAUAAGGCUCUUAAUUAUAAUGCUUGGAUAUAACGCUCCUAAAUCAUGUCCCCCAAUUCUUAUACUAGUGAUUCAUGCAAUAUUUCUACAGUACUGGUGUUGUUCAAACUGUAAACAACUUCUCAGUCUAACUUCCGUUUAUGUCUCUCCCUUUUGAUACAGUAUCUGAACUGAAGAAAAGCUAUUCUGGCACUGUAUAACACAUACAUCCUAUUCAGCAACUAAAUAAAUAUUAGGCCUAUUACGGGGUUAUCUUUCCUAAUGUAUUUACUUUUUUGCUGCGAAAGGAGCUGCAGCUUUCUCUGGGAGACGAGAUGCUUCGCUUCAGCUCCGCUCCGGCAGCCGAACCUGGGGCGAGCCCAUUCCCUUCUUCCCCUCGCCCAACCCGCUCUCCUUCUCGCACUUGGUUUGCUUGUCGCUUCAAACAGAACUCCCGACUGCUGUUUAGCCAGGCUAUUUAUAGUUUUAAAACUGCUAAUUAAAGUGAUACCUUUUUUGUUUUGUUUUUUUUUUGUAUAAAAUAUAUGGCUUGAUUACAUGGUGCUUUAUGCAUGGUUAAUUCACUGAGUUGCAUUUUUGCUUCACUAUAUGUGCAUUAUAGAGAGGGAGUUAUUUUAUUUUGUAUUUUAGUCAGAUGUGUGUUGUGAUGUGUCCUGCUGCGCCCCCCACCCUCUUAUUGUGUGUCCCCUGAGACCCCCGUUAUAGAGAGGGAGUACUGUAUAUAAAACCCAUAAUGAAGUGUUCUUUAUAAGGAAAAGGGUAUUGAAAACGUGGAUGAUGGAGCGAUAUAUUACUGGACUGCAUAACUCUGUUUUAUAACCACAGUAUGUAAUCUUCACUAGUUCUGCUCAGAGUUGUAAUAAAGAAGCAAGGCUUUAAACAUGCA